AUGAUAUUUACGAAUACAUUAUCUAUGAGCAUGUUCACAUCUAGCGUUCGUCAACGUUGCGUGUACGCGCAGACAAGUGCCGUUACAGACCGACAAGCACGAGGAGAAUAUUUUGGUCUGUCGGUUAAUCCGCACUGCAAUCGCUAUUAGAACCCACCACGUCAAAACUUAAUCGUUGCUAUAUACAAGACAGUGUCGUAUUCGCAGUUGUUGCAGCCUUUUUGCUGCUUCAGCCAUCUUGAGUGGACUACACUGCGUUCCAAAUAUUGGGUUUUCGGAUCCGAUUUGCCGUUCGCGCUCCAUCAGCAGACGCCACGAUUCUUCUAUUUUUCGUCAUCGGUAGCAUGUCUUUCGAAACACAGGUAAAUUUUCUUCCGUCUUAUAUUUUUUCGUUAAAAUAUUAAUUAUUCCAGCUAUGAUAUUUUUAUUAAUAAUAGGUACUCGUAUUUUUAUGACUAUACUUCGGACCAUCACGAAUUACUCUGGUGAUUUCCAUGCUGACACCAUUGCCAACGCCACCAUAAAGCUGUCAUCUGUUGAAGUCCCCUGAAAAGUCUUCCAUUUGUAAGCAUAUUAAACAUAGAUUGUUAUGAUUUGUUUUUAUGUGUUGGUGCAUUGUGGAGGUCAUUUUUUAAUUUUCCAAUAAGUUUUCGAAAUAAUUGCGAAAAACCUACUUUCCAUAGACAAAUUUCGGAUAAUCUAGUUGGACUAUACCUUCUUUCUACCUAUUUGCUUCUAUUCAAUUCUUACAAGGUCCACCUAAAAAUAAAAUAGUAAAAACUGGCACUGCAAAAGUAAAAAGUACAGUAGAAAAUAUUGUUUUAUUAAAUUUAGGUAGGUACCUAUAUUCUUCUUGAAGUUUAUACUUUAGAGAGGUUAUUAUUUUAUUUACCUAAGAGUUCGCCUAUCAAAUGUUAAAAAAUCAUUACUUACAGAUGUACAAUAAAUUCCAUUUAUAUCUUAUGUUCUCAACUUCCCACCUACACCAACAGCUGCACCCGUUCUCAUUAUCUUACCUUUACUUUGGUUAAUGAAAUAAUUACAAAAUUCUUCAUCAGUAUAACAGAAGGUUCAUUAUCUCAAAAAAUAAAUAGAUACCAAAAACUUCUAAAUUCAGUGUAAUAUUUGUUAUUUGCUGCUAUAUAUAUAUAUAUAGGUUUAUAAUAUUUAUAUACCAGGUGAUCUAUUUAAUUGGGUACACUCAUUAUCUCGAAACUAUAAACUUUCUUCCAAAUAUGUUUUUUAGGAUAUUUAAGAAACAAAGUGUGUUACAAUUUUAUAUUUAUGUUUUUUGUUUGUCACCCUUUUUUCGGAGACGAAACUAAUACCUACUUCUGUUUUUUCAAAUAGCAACCUAUAUAUUAAUAAAAUGAAAUUCCCUAUACAGGUUUCCAUUUGAAAAUUAAAAGUAGCUAGUGGUAUUACUACGCAAAGUAUUGGUGACAAAAAAUAACAUAAAUAUAUAAUAAUUGAGUAGCUUGUUUCUUAAAUAUCCUAGAACACAAAUUGGAGAAAAAUUUGUUCUUUCCCAGAUAAUGAGUAUACCCGCCAUAAUUAAUUACCUGGUUGUACUCAUACAAAAGACUUAAAAAGGCCUUUUUUUGUUAGUUUAAUUUUAAUCAUGAUAAACUGAAUAACGUUAAAAUAAUGUAGUAGAAAACAAAUAAUUAAGAGCUAUUCAAAAUCCACGGUUAAUGUUAAGAUCAUCCAAAUAUUGACAUUUCAUUAUAACAUUCACAUGAGUAAUUUUUUUUUAUUGUAUUUAUAGUAAAAUUCUCAUGAACAUGGAUAAGGUUUCUCCAUAUUCCUAUCCGAAGAAAAUGGAUUAUAUGAAAAAAGAUACUGUAAGUAUAAUUAUUUCAUUUAUGUAUGCAUAUUACAAUUGAUUUUAAUAAAUUGAAUUUAUUACAGCUUUGCAUUUGGAAAGACAAAAAGGAAAACAACAAAACACAUUUAAUAGAAAAAUAUCUUAUAGGAUUGGCUAAUUCUGGUUUAGUAUUAUUUUUAAAGAUUGUCUUACACAACGCCAUAUAGCAUCAAAGGACUCAUAUCGAUAAUAAAUAUUUAAAUGUUUAGAUGAUAUAAUUACGUCAGUAAUUAUACAAGUUAAAUAAGUCAUAAUUAAAAUUUCAUACCAACUCAUAAAAGAUUAUUAAUUAUAGAUUUUAAUUUAUGAUUACUUUUAUUUCUAGCUGUCGACAGGUUUUCAUAAUAUUUUUCAUUGCUAAUCAUAUUCUGAGUAAUAUCUGGUUGGAAGAGUAUUAAAUAAUAAUAAGCGUUUGAAGGCGAAGGUAAAGGAUUUGAAUAUAGUGAAUCAUAUGGUUUUUUUAAUUACCCUUAUAAUCUUAUCAAAGUUGACUUAUAACCAUCACAGUUAAGAUCCCAAAUGUUUUCAAAUUUUGCUUAUUAUUCUUAUGACUUAAUUGUCUGAUUGGACAUCGUCACUUUAACUGGAAAAAAANAUUUGGAGGAACAAUAAGGAAAACGAUAAAACACUUUAAAAAGAAAAAUAUCUUAAAAGAUAAGCUAAUUCUGAUUUAGUAUUGUCUUUGACAAUCGUCUUACACAACGGCAUAUGGCGUUUAAGUGCCUCGUAACAAUAAUAAUUAUUUAAAUGUUUAGAUGAUAUAUUUAUGUCAAUAAUUAUGCAAGUUAAAUUACUUAUACUUGAAAUUUGAUACCUGUUAUGAUUAUUAAUUAUAGAUUUCAAUUUAAUGAUUUCUUUUAUUUCUAGCUGUUGAAAAGUUUACUGAAGUAACUAUUAACAAUUUAACUGAUUGGUUGAAGUUACUCAUGUUUCUAUUUCAGUUAGCAAUACAAACAAACAAAAAACAAUGAUAAUUUCUUUUGUUACAUCUGCAUAUUUAUGAUUAAUCUAUAAUAUCUACCUAUAAUAAAAUAAAAAUAUUGGUUUAUGUACAUUAUAACUUCAAUAUUAUUUAUUUUAUUUCAGUUCAAGUAAUGAUGACCAAUUAGAAUAUGGAGUUGAAGAAAUAAUUGAUAAACGUGAAAAAUAUGGGGGAAAUUGA